UUUUUGGACAAUUUUCUAUAUUUCUCUUUUUCUUAAAAAGAUUCCCUUUGCAAGGAUUUUUUUCUUCGUUUUUCCGGUUUAACUGUUACAGUCUACCCUACUCAGUACUCAGACAUCCACUGAACUUCGUAGCAACAGAGGAUGGAUAAAUCCAGGCUCCUGGAGUUGGCAGAGAAAGCAAUGGAUUCAGCACUGGAAUUAAGUCGGAAGGAGACGGGUUGGAACCGUGCCUGUGAUCUGGGUUGUGCAGAGGGUCGGUUAGAAUGGAGGGACGGAGAACCCGGAGAUGCAAAAAGAGAUGUGGAGUCAGGUCAGCCUGGGUUGAGAGCCUGGAGAGUCCACCUUAACCUGGAGGCUGAUGUGAAGACGGUGGGACGGAUAAUUAUGGAUAUUAAUAAUAUGCAUUCUUGGAAUCCAGCUCUUAAACAUUCACAGGUUCUGGAGAAGCUAGAUUCAUGUACCAUGAUUUCAUAUCAGAUAACAGACGGUCAGCCUGGUCUAGUUCAACCCAGAGAUUUCCUGUUCCUAUCCAGGGAGGAGAUAAAGGACAAGGUUUGGAUGGCUGGAGGUUGCUCUGUAUCCUGGCCAACACAUCCUCCAACAGAUAAAUAUGUCCGAGCUUGGCAGUAUCCAGGAAUUAUGUCCGCUCAGCAAUUAGGCAAAAAUCGCACAAUGUUCUGCUGGUUGCUACAGUGCGAUUUUGGAGGAAUUCUACCCAUAGGAAUUCUUAACGCGGUAUUUCCAUACGCAAUUAAACUUUUCUGCAACGCUUUAAAAAAUGAAGUUCGUCGAAAAAAAUGAUUAAUGUAAAAGUAAAAUUAGUAAACAUGUAAUGCAACCAGAAAGACGAUAUUAAUGCACAUUCCUGUAGCAUUCAAAAACAACACACCUAAGCAUUCUCACAUAAACAUAAUAACCUAUGGCUGCGAUCAUUCUAGAAAAGGAAAUUAAAUAAGUCUUUGCCAAAAACUCAAAUUUGCUAAUUUCUAUAUCUUUCGAAUCUAAUGGGGUAAACCUUUGAUAUUUUAAAAACUUAAAUUAUCUGAUCUAAUAGAGUUCAUGCAAUAUCUAAGGUGCAAAGAUAUAAGAAUAAGACAAUUAGAGUUUGUGGCUAAGACUCAACUCCUUGACAUAAACUGUCAUAAAACGCAGCUUGUAUAAAAAACUUUCUUUGUUUUAUGAUUUAUAUGAUGUUAUAUUGAUUUCAGUUAAAUAAAUUAUUUAUAUUUCAA